GGGGCCAUGUGCCAUUCCUCAUCCACUUCUAGGAACUGACAGGCACAAAUGGAUCUUAAAGCAAAAUGGGCUUUGUACAAGAAGUGAUCAGCAACUGGCAGGCUCCCUUAUUGCUGGCAUGAUGUGUUACCCUCAUGUCAUGGAGGCAGAGCUGGACUGAAAGCCCAGACCAGGAAGCUGCAUGUACUAAAACAUUGCACAGGCACACACACAUACAUACAAAAAAACUGUUUGCAAGAAGACAGAAAACUGGGGUUAAAGAGGGAGGGACCAUUACUUGAUUCUGCAUGAGUCUCCUGCUUUACAGUUAAGGGCACAGAUAGAGCCUACUGUAUCCAGCAGAGCUAUGGAGAAGGCAGCCCAGCAGCAGGGUGCAGGAGGAGGUGGAGGCGGCAGCAGUAACAGCAGCAGCCGGAGCAGUAGCAGGGCCACCUCGGCUGGAUCCUCUCCGUCCUCUGCUGGCCGGGCUCUGGGCUCGGUGUCCGGGCGAUCAUUGCAGCAUCAGGCGGUGGGAACGGCUGGGAAGCUGGAUGGUGGAGCUGCUAUGGCAAGCAUGGGAGUGAGGGACCAGCAGCACAAACAGAUCAUAGAGGGGCUACUGAGCAAGUACACCAAUCUCAUACAAGGCUGGCAGAACAGAUAUUUCAUUUUGGACUUCGACUCAGGUACCCUGCAGUAUUUUGUGACAGAAACAAGUAAAAACCAAAAACCCAGAGGAUCCCUGUCACUUUCAGGAGCUGUGAUCACUCUGAGUGAUGAGUUUCCCAACAUGAUUGCAGUAUACUCGGCAAAUGGAGACAUGUAUAAACUCAGAGCUGCUGAUUCCGUGGAGAGACAACACUGGCUGAAUCAUUUACAAGCAUGUGCCAAGAAUCAUAGUGAGACGAAGAGUUCAGCAUCUCAGCGAUCCAGGAGUUUUUCAUUGCUUCCACCUGGGACGUCUAAUUCCUCAUCCCCCGGGAGCCAGAGACACUUGAUGCACACUGGUCCCAGUGUUGUCACUGUCACACACCACAAGUCUCCCGCUGCAGCCAGAAGAUCCAAGAAUCAGAAUCCUGACCAGCUGAGUGAAGUCAAAGAGGUGAUGGCUCAAGCAGAGGGACAGCAGAGAAAUCUGGUGCAUGCCAUUGAAUCAUUAUCAGGCUCCGGUCCUCUGUCGGCCUUAGACCAGGAUCUACUACUUUUAAAAGCUACCUCAGCCGCCACCCUCAGCUGCCUGGGAGAAUGUCUCCAUUUACUUCAACAGAGUGUUUAUCAAGCUGGACAGAACAACAAGACUGUGACUUCAGAGAACAUCCUGGAGUGGCCUCAACCAAAGUCUGAUUCGACAGAAAAUCUGAAAAAUGGAAGUCUUAUCUCCUUACCAUCUUCAGAUUCCAACCUAACAUGGCCAAUUUUACAAAGUAUACCCCAAGAAUACCAAAUACUUGAUCAAGAUGUUGAAGCUGGUCCUCCGGAGGCUGAAGAUGAGCUGACGGACAUAGAAGAUAAUGAGGAAGAAGAUUUAGGCGUCAUGGAUGAUCAACGCAGUGUAAUCCUUCACCUUAUCUCGCAGCUCAAGCUAGGCAUGGAUCUCACCAAGGUUACACUUCCAACUUUUAUCUUGGAGAAAAGAUCGCUGCUGGAGAUGUAUGCAAAUUUCAUGACCCAUUCAGAUCUGUUGUUGUCCAUUUCUGUUGGUAUAACACCUGAGGAGAGAAUGCUCAGUUUUGUGGAAUAUUAUCUUACAUCCUUCCAUGAGGGCCGAAAAGGAGCAGUUGCCAAGAAGCCCUAUAACCCAAUCAUAGGUGAAACAUUUCAUUGCAGCUGGGAUGUCCCAAAGGAUAGAGUAAAACCUUGUAGGACUCACAAUACUUCGUCACAAGCAAAAGAAUCGUCCAUCACCCAGAGCGUUUCUUCAGACUCAUACAAAGUGCGUUUUUUAGCUGAGCAAGUUUCUCACCAUCCACCUGUGUCAUCGUUUUAUUGUGAAUGCAAAGAAAAGAAAAUGUGUGCCAAUGUUCAUGUCUGGACCAAAAGCAAGUUCCUGGGAAUGUCGGUCGGUGUGUCCAUGGUAGGCGAAGGGACUCUAAAGUUGAUGGAGUAUGAUGAGGACUAUGUAUUUACACUACCCUGUGCCUUUGCUCGAUCCAUUCUCACAGUUCCCUGGGUGGAACUAGGAGGGAAGGUCAACAUUUCCUGUGCCAAAACAGGUUACUUUGCCACAGUUACCUUCCACACAAAGCCUUUCUAUGGAGGAAAAGUUCACAGAGUCACAGCUGAGGUUAAGCACAAUCCUACUAACACGAUAGUCUGUAAAGUCCAAGGGGAAUGGAAUGGAAUAUUGGAGUUCUCAUAUAGCAGUGGUGAGACCAAAGUCAUCGAUACCACAAAGCUUCAGUGUUUGAGGAAAAGGAUACGGCCAUUAGAGAAACAAGGACCCUUAGAAUCAAGACGUGUUUGGGAAAAUGUCACAAAUGCUCUUAAAUCCAAUAACAUUGAAGCAGCCUCUGACUACAAACACCAGCUGGAAGAAAGGCAACGAGGAGAAGCAAGACAGAGAGCAUCUCUCGGCACACAAUGGAAGCCAAAGUAUUUCAGAAAAGAGGGUGAAGGCUGGGUGUACAUUAACCCCCUAUGGAAGCCUCACUGAUCAUAAUUGGAUUAAUGACACCGCUUGGAAGAUGACAAACCUCUGGCACAAAGGAAUAAAUUGAAAGAAGGAACUGCUAUGCUGUGAAUGUAUUUCUAAGCCACUGCAAACUAAAUCAAUUUGUUCAAAAAGCCUUUCUGAUUUAGCUAAAGAUGUGUGUGCGUGCACUUUCUAAUACAUAUGUAUUGGUGUGUGUGCAUGUACUCCACAUCCACACAAUUUAACUAGAAGAGAAAUCUAUACAUACACCUGUAUUCUGUAUCACAAUCAAUAUUACUAUAUAAAUAUAUGUAUAUAUACAAAUAGAAAUAUAUUGGUAGCUAGCAUUUUAUAAGCCCUUUUUGACAUAUUAUUUUGCCAAAUGAUUCUUACAUUUUCUCAGGUAUGAUGAACCCCUUCGAUACGUCAACACGUCCAUGAUUUUUGCCCGUUUGUGUAAAGCCAAUGAUUUCACAAGUAUUUUAAUUUUCAAUAAAUCAGUAAUGAAGGGGUUAAA